AUGCUUCUCCACCCGACCAUGAAUUUGUACUGUACCCCCGUCUACCAGCGAAUGCGACAUUCUCAGAUCGGCAUGGGCAUUAGUCACAAAUUUGCAAAGGUACUGCGUCGCCACCGGUCGUACACACUUCAAGUGAGAAAUGUCGUGCAAAAAUGGCGUUCUUCAAGUGUGUGCCAGACAAGUACCUUUAGUCGCCGACUUUGGACUUCCGGUACAACAAACAACCAAAUUCAUCAAAUGGCUACAACAGCACUAGAAGCUACUCUACUUCAGCGUCUCCUCUGGUUGGAUAUAACGUUCAAAUCCUUUUCCAUCACCCUACUUCUUGUGCUCAUCGGUUUGUUCGACCAAACCUUCGGAAGUAUACAAGAAUCUGUAACACAUCACUCAGCUGACUCAAUCACCCCAUUCGCUUCCGGUUUCCCAAUCGCAAGGGUUUACGUAGCCGUGCAAGAGGAACUCUCACCCGGGGCUAUUAUCACUGAACUUUCAACCCAUCCACUUGUAAAAAACCUAAUUACACAGACAGAUGGCACGCAGUUUCAUGAGACCUUUCAAUACCGCCUGAUGAAUGCGUUCGAUAGUCAUUUGUUUCGAAUCACCGGAAAUUCCGGCCAGCUCACAAUAGCCACACGAUUGGAUAGAGAAGCAUUAUGCGCAAGCCAAAAAGCUCAGUUUUGUUGCAACAACCGAGCUCAAAUCCCUAGCUCAUUGAUGUCCGAUGAGAGCUGGAAACUGAUUGAAAGUGUGCCUAAGUCACAACUAUGCCACCUUGUGGCUCACAUCAGUCUGCAGCCGAACAAACCGGCGUCACAAUCAGACAGUGGGUCAGGACAAACGGGUGUUGCUCAAAUUAACCGUUUGGCCCUGGUCUACCUAUACAUACGUUUAGAUGACAUCAACGAUCAUGCACCCCAAUUCGCCUCUUCAACUACCACACUCAACAUCGCAGAAGAUGCUACAGUAGGAAGUGUGUUGCAGUAUUUCCGAGUCACUGAUCCAGAUGCCGGUGCCAACGGACUUCGAGAUGUCAAACUUUCUGUAGCUCCUCUGUCUGGCACCAGUCUGAGUGCCAACUCGCGAACUAUCGAGCCAGUGCGUGGGAUUAGUACGGGGGUUUUGGCGAACCCCUUUGAUGUACGACUUAGUAGAGACGGAGCAAGUUUGCUUUUGCAAUCUGCAUUGGAUCGUGAAAGUAUACCAGCCUACGAUCUUACUUUGACCGCUCUUGAUGGAGAUCCGAUCAGUCCAAAAUCAAGUCAACUGAAUUUACGUGUACUUGUGACAGACGCAAACGACAAUGCGCCAACGUGGGUCCGGCCGUUGGUCAACGCAAACAAGUUACAACCGGAAAACGCCGAUGUCCACAUAAUCGACCAAGCCAUACCUCAAUUCAAUGUUUCCGUUUCAGAAGAUACCCAAGUUGGUGCCCUUGUGUUUUGGUUGCAAGCACGUGAUGCUGACGUGGGAGACAACGCUCGACUAACUUAUGCUAUUGAUACAGGCGCUCCUGGAGGCCUGACAGCUCUGAAUUACUUCUCUGUACAGUCAACUACCGGGGAAGUUCGCCUGCGAGCUCAGCUGGAUUAUGACAGUGCUUCUGCUAAUUCAAACGGCGCUGAAAUUGAAGUGCCCAUCACUGUACAGGAUAACCCUCACAUAGGACGCCCAUUAAUGGCGAGGGCGGUACUUUUUGUCCGGAUCUUGGAUGUAAAUGACAUUCACCCUAUCAUUGUUGCCAGUCCUCUAUCUCCAGUGCCACUAAGGAGGCCAUUUUUAAUGAACGCGGUUCCUAGUCAAUAUACCAGCUUUGGCGUAUGGGAAAAUCAACUGGCCGGUCAGCCAGUAGCCAGUAUACUUGUCAGUGACCCAGAUACUGGAGGAGGCGGAAAAGUCAGUUGCUCGGUGCAGAGUGAUUAUUUCCGGCUGGCGAGUGAAUCGAUAAAAACUGAAUUCUUUGAGACAAUUCAAAGUCAGUCUAUUUCGAAUUAUCCAUUUUCGGAUGGUGAACUCAUUAGCGGGCCAAUCACCUAUCAGCUGAUCUCCACACAAAUUUUGGACAGAGAACACAUUCCACGUCAUCAAGUUCUUCUGACCUGCAGAGAUCAUGAUCAAAGUAAACCGCUUGUGUCCACUCGUCGCUUGGACAUUGAAGUCCUGGACGAGAACGACAAUGCUCCGGAAUUCAUAGCCCCGCUGAUUGAACUCACAUGUCCGGAAAACAGUCCCCCCGGCCAAAUUAUCGGGGUGGUGAACGCGACGGACAAAGACGUGGGAGAAAACGCUAGGUUACGGUUCUGGGUUAAUGAGGCUAGCAGUAGUUGGAUUAGCAUUCAUCAACAAACAGGCGAAGUACGAGUCAAUACAGUUUUCGAUCGUGAACAGGAAACCGAACGUAGAUUUACCGUUUUUGUUUCCGAUUCAGUCGGUUCAACAGCGCACACGGCCUCCGCGGAAGUGUGCAUUCGGAUUCUUGAUGAGAACGAUCACAGUCCUCAAUUUGUGGAUUUGUACUUCUUUUCAGUGUCCGAAAAUAGUCCGCCCGGGACAGAAAUUGGACAGGUUAAAGCAGAGGAUGCGGAUUCUGGCGAAAACGGAAAA